CUGCUCAUAAACCAGCUGGCUAAAUUUAACCAGGAGGCCGAGAACAACCUAUCACAGAGCUAAUUAGCCAGCUAGUUAGCAUAACAGUUAGAAAGCACUGCAGCUGUGGACUGGAGCGUUAGCCGCACGUGUUUUUAGCAUCUUUUACAUCUGUGUUGUUAUUAGUAGAGCGCAGGGCCGGGUGUCGGGUUCGGUUUGGUCCGGUUUUCUGUUCGGUACCGGAGGCUGUGCGUGGUUCAGGGUCGGGAUCUGCCCCAGACUGUGAUUGGAGGACGGUGUGCCACGUGCGCAUUUCUUUACUAUCACCAGACGGGCACGUUCAGUUUUUCACCUGACAGGUCGAUCAGAGAGGCGGCUGGAGGAUCUCUACAGCUGCUGACGAGCCUCCCGCCGAGCGAGUCGAGGCCUCUUCAUGCUUCACGCUGAGCCUGCCUUCUAGCAACCACGAUGGCUUCGAGUUCGUUCGACAUCGACGCGCCGCGAUGGGAUCAGACGACGUUCAUGGGCCGAGUGAAGCACUUCUUCAACAUCACCGACUGUCGGACUGCGCUGUUGCCCGACUCCCGCCUGGAUGAAGCCAAAGCUUUGGUAGAAAGCUGCAGGGCCGGAUCCGUCCCUCCCGGCACCACAGAGGAGCAGCUCCACUACGCUAAGAAGCUGUACGACUCGGCCUUCCACCCGGACACCGGAGACCGGAUGAACAUCAUCGGCCGCAUGUCGUUCCAGGUGCCUGGAGGCAUGGCCAUCACCGGCUGCAUGCUGCAGUUCUACAGGACGGUUCCUGCCGUGGUGUUCUGGCAGUGGGUCAAUCAGUCCUUCAACGCUCUGGUCAACUACACCAACCGCAACGCUGCCUCCCCCAUCACUCCCAAGCAGAUCGGAGUCGCCUACAUCACAGCAACCAGCACCGCUCUGGCAACGGCAGUCGGACUCAACCUCUACACAAAGAAAGCUCCUCCCCUCGUGGCUCGCUGGGUCCCCUUCGCAGCCGUGGCGGCGGCUAACUGCGUUAACAUUCCCAUGAUGAGGCAGCAAGAGAUUCUGAACGGCAUCGCCGUCACGGACGAGAACGGCAACAAACUGGGUCACUCUAAGAAAGCGGCGGUAAAAGGCAUCACCCAGGUGGUCAUUUCCCGGAUCACCAUGGCGGCACCAGGAAUGAUCAUCCUCCCCAUCAUCAUGCAACGGCUGGAGAAAUACAAGUUCAUGCAGAGAAUCACGUUCCUCCACGGACCGAUCCAAGUGAUGAUGGUGGGAGUGUUUUUGAUCUUCAUGGUGCCGACCGCUUGCUCGCUGUUUCCUCAGAGAUGCUCCAUGUCCGUGUCCAAGCUGGAGCCCGAGCUCAGAGACUCCAUCAUGUCUCAGUACGGAAGCAGCGUACAACAAGUCUACUUCAACAAAGGCCUCUGAGGCCCGACUAGCUAAGACCGAAUACAUCAUGUAGCGCGUCCUCGUUUUCUAACGAUUAGUCAUCAUGAAAUGCUCGUUUCCUUUUAUUUCAUUUUCAAAUCAGUGCUCCUCUUUGGAAGCCAGCUGUUGAUCGAUCAUGUCGCUUCUUCUUCUGUGAUUCUGCUUCGUGUCAGAUGCGCGGGACUCUCCGUGCUCCUGUUGAGAAACCAAAUGAUCUCAUCUCAGGAACAGCGCCUUUCUUUGCCAGAUUAAGUCUCUGUUAGUCCGUCUUUCAUCCUGUGACCCGUCUGCGGUUGUUUUCAUGGCCUUCGGUCCGCCGAGCUUCCUUACAGUUUGUGCCUUCUUCCAAAGUGGCAGGACUUUGUUUUGUUGGGUUUUUUCUCUCUUUUAACUGACGCUGGUCUGACUGUGAAACCUAAAAACGCCUCUAUGCAUGAGUCCAGCCUGAAACGGUCACUCGGUGCAGCGGAGGCUACUGCCCUCUUCUGCCAGAAAGGAGGUAGAUUUAUCGGACGGUUUGCCAGUUGGAUCUUUUCACUGUUGUAAACUCUGACCUCGGUAGAAGCUGGAAUAAAACCACACCGGUAUUUGAAAAAA